AUGGAAGAGACUAUUAAAAACACAUCCAGGCCACCGCAAGGGGUUGAUGCGAAGGAUUUAGGCGAGGUCAUUGAUAUUGAUGAUGCCAUUCUUCGUGCUCAAGGCUGCACAUCCGAACUCCAGCGUUCGUUCUCCUGGGUUGGUGCUCUGGGUCUCGCUUUCAGUAUUGUGAAUUCCUGGUUGACCUACGCCGCCUGCUUUGGAGUGGCGUUUACAUAUGGCGGAGGCUCUGUCGCUGUGUUCAGUCCGUUAUUGUCGGGUGUUGUACAGUGGAUUGUCCUUACUGGGGUCUCGGAGUUGGCCUCAGCUUUCCCAUCCUCGGGGGGCCAAUAUCAUUUCACCUACAUUAUUGCCCCGGAGUCCUGCCGCAACUUCGUCGCAUACACUGUCGGGAUGAUCAAUGUUGUAGCCUGGUGGGUGAACACGGCAUCGGGCGCGAUCUAUACAGCCAUAUCUGCCUUUGGGGUUUGUACCUUUUUGGUGCCAGAAUUCUCGGGAACGCAGUGGCAGGUCUAUCUCUGCUACCUGUUGGUGAUAUUACUGACAUUGCUCCCGGUAUUCCUGGUGCCUCAACGCCAGAUCGACCGCUUGACCGAAUCUUCCAUGUUCCUUUCCUUAGCUGGGUUCUUGAUGGUGGUCAUCGUCUGUCUCGUCAUGGGAAGAGGGUCAUACCACCCCGAAAGGCUCAAUGAGUACCGGUCUACCAGCGGCUGGGGGGCCGGACCCGGGUGGCUGCUCGGGAUAGGCAAUGGUGAAUAUGCCUUUGCAGCUGCCGGGGCCUGCGUGCAUAUUGCAGAGGAGAUCGCGCAACCAAACAGGAAGAUUCCGCUGGUGAUCAAUCUCACCAUCCUCAUCGGUCUAUUGACACUUGUGCCCUGGAUCAUCGCAAUGACUUGUGUCAUCCAGGAUAUGGACGCGGUCCAGAAUUCCUCCCUCCCGAGUCUGGAAUUAUUCUAUCAAGCGACUGGGAGCAAAGCUGCUGCCGCCUUUCUGCAGAUCUACCUGACGAUCCUGUAUUACUCAUGCGUUCCUAGUCAAUGGAUCACAAGCAGCCGCAUGACAUGGGCAUUCUCGCGUGACAAUGGACUCCCCUUCUCGAAAUACUGGUCGGUGGUGGACGAGAAACUCGGCAUCCCCAUCCGAACCACCCUGCUCUCCGCCGGCUUCUGCGCCAUUUACGGACUCCUCUACAUCGCCAGCACGCAAGCCUUCAACUCGAUCAUCAACACCGCAGUCCUGAUGCUCAACAUCACCUACGUGGUCCCGCAGGGGAUCCUAGCAAUUCGCGGUCGGACUAGGCUGCCGGCGCGAUACUACGAUCUUGGCCCCUGGGGGUACGGAGUCAACGUCUUUUCUGUGCUCUGGGUGAUUCUCAGUGGGAUAUUCUUCUGUUUCCCGACGAGUAAUCCGCCGACGCUGGAGAACAUGAACUAUAACUCAGUGGUUCUGACUGGGAUUUUUGGCAUCGUCAUGCUGUGCUGGUUCGAGCGGCGGGGGAAGUUUUCCGGGCCGAAUAUCAACUGGGAUGCGCUGAAUGCAACGCAGGGAAUGAAUUGA